AUGUCCUCUAAUGACCUGUGUCCUCCCACCUCCUGUGGACCAACCCCGCUUGCCAACAGCUGCAACGAGCCAUGCGUCCGGCAGUGCCAGGAAUCGACGUAUGUGAUCCAGCCGCCUCCUGUGGUGGUGACCCUGCCCGGCCCCAUCCUCAGCUCCUUCCCCCAGAACACCGCUGUGGGAUCCACCAGCUCGGCUGCUGUAGGCAGCACCCUCAGCUCUGAGGGAGUCCCCAUCUCCUCUGGGGGCAACUCCUCGGCAUUUGGCUAUGCAGGCCUGGGCAGUGGGUACAGCCGGCCCUACAGUCGCUACAACACCUACCGCAGUGGUUACAAUGGGCCAUGCUAA